ACCUGGUUCUCGCUCCCGUUUCUCUUCCUCGGAAGAAAGAAUGUACUAAAAACACAAUACCGAAAAUUGAUUUUGUGUUAUCUUCCUCUUUUACGAUGUGUUACGGUCACAAUCAAUCGUUAUCGCGCAGCAGCCUCCGUCGCCGAUCGUACGACGGAGACAACGACGAUACGGUGGUCGACGACCUUCGAGAACGGCUCGCGGAAACGGAGGCGCGGCUGCGAAGAGCCAGGGCUAGGGAAGCCGAGCUGAGCCGUCGGUUAGAGCAGAUGAAGAGAUUCGUUUCCGUCAUGGAGAUCAUGGAGACUUUCUUGGAACGACGAUUCCAAGAGCAGAGAGACCGAAUCGCUCGUCUUUUCUCUCCGGUAUCGACGAAAUGAAGGGUGUUCUUCUCUCUGGCGUUGCGCGAUCUUCUUCUUCUUCUUCUUCUUCCUCUUGUUUGUUUGUUCUUCUUGAUGUGAAUUUCUCUUCACUUUUGAAUGUCCCUCGUUGUUUGUGUUUGGUAGUAUCAGUUAAUCGGAAUUUCAGGAAAUACAGAAAUUUUCGAUUCUCCAUAGAUUAUGUCUUGUUGAGGAUUAAAACGAAAAAGCUUUAUUUCCCCUUGGAUCAUGUUAAAUAAGAUGUGUAAUCGAAAAUUACAGAAUUAGAAAUCCUUUGAGUUCUAUA